CAGGGCAAAACAGGCACCAACAGUAUAAAAAGGGAAAACGUUCAUAAAAAGGUGAUAACUCUGGAAAACAUUACAUUAACUUGCGGAUAUAGAGUUUGCUUUAUUGAAAAAUCUGACUUGAAACAACGGAAAGGUCUUCUUGGUUUUAAAAUGCCUCGUCUUCUUUUUAAUCGGAAUGGUAGAUGGGAUUCUCUCCAGGACUGGCCAAAGUCAAGCAUUUUAGAUCAGUGCAAUCAAGCACCCUUUUUCCUUAGAGGAGAUGAUGGGAGUUGGAUAAACACAGUAACCAAAACACUGGAAAAAUCCUCCUUUCCUGGAUUUCUAUCAUUUCCUUUGGUGACUCCUGUGUGUCCAGAAGUCUCACCUUCAACUGGAGAUAAACAACAAAGAUUUUCACAUGGCAAAAGUGACAGUAAGACCUGGAGAAUCUCUUUAGAUGUCAACCAUUUUUGCCCAGAGGAAAUUAGUGUCAGAAUUAAUGAGGGCUAUGUGGAAAUAUCAGGUAAACAUGAGGAACUACAAAAUGAACAUGGGACAAUUUUCAGGAGUUUUACAAGAAAGUACAAGCUGCCUGCAGAAGUCGAUCUUCAAAAAAUAAGCUCUUCGCUUACUUCAGAAGGGGUUCUCUUAGUUGAGGUACCUGUUGGCAUUUCUACCACCGGAUGUCCCACAGAGACUGUUAUCCCAAUACAGAUCAAAGAAAAACAUUAGAUUUAUUAUGUACAUAUUUAUGUAACCUUAUUUACUGCUAACAUACAGUGCAUUCACUUUUUUAAACAAAGAUUUUUUUUUUUUUUUAAGUAAACUUAAUCAGAAUUUGUUAAGGUGUUAGAAUUUAACACGACAGAAGAUCCAGUCGAUGUUGUGCAGUCUUGCGUUAAUAUUUCCAUGUAUUAUAUUUUCCAUUUCCAUGUACUUUUUUAUGCCAGGUUACAUGGAACCUUUUUUAUUCUUACUUGAACAGGGCUACUAACAAAAUCACUCUAAAACUAAAUCUGUUUUUCGCUUUA